CCUUGUGGUGUGUUUUGCUGACAAACUCAAAACCCUCUGGUUCGUAACGAUUAUCUUUCUCUGUGCUGGUCCUGAGCGAGAACAGAUGAGGAAACAGAUCGUGUGUCUGAUGAGACCGAGGAGUCGACCUUGCAGAUCUACAGGAGCCAUUUCAACUUGUUUUUCUGGGUGAAGCACCAAGGUCAUGAUCAACUGGUCCAAUGUGACAGCGUCCGGCCACCAGGAGCUGGACCUGACACCGGAGGAGCUGCAGAAGUCCAAAUGUGUCCUGGGCUUCAUCCCGGUUGUUUACUACAGCAUCCUGCUCUGCGUGGGAGUACCAGUGAACAUCCUGACGGCCGUGGCCUUGUCCAGGCUGGCGUGCCGCACCAAGAAGGCUCUGUACUACUACCUCCUGGCCGUGACGGGCUCCGACAUCCUCUCCCAGCUCUUCAUCAUCUUCGUCGGCUUCCUGCUGGAGACGGCGGUUUUCCACCGCGACGUCCCGGCGCUCCUGCUGCACACGGUGAGCGCCGCCGAGUUCGCCGCCAACCACGCCUCCAUCUGGUCCACGGUGCCGCUGACGGUGGACCGCUACGUGGCGCUGUGCCACCCGCUCCUCCACCGGCAGGUCAGCUACCCGGCGCGGACCCGGCGGAUCAUCGCCGCCGUGCUGACGCUGUCGCUGGUGUCGGGCGUCCCGUUCUUCUGGUGGUCCGACAUGUGGAGGAACAGCCACCCGCCCACGGCGCUGGACACCGUCCUCAUCUGGACCCACGUCACCAUCAUCUACUUCCUGCCGUGCAGCAUCUUCUUGGUGCUGAACUCUCUGAUCAUCCACACGCUGAGGAUGAGGAAGAGGCAGCAGUGCAGCCAGGACGAGCGAGGGCCCACGUCGGCGCCUCCGCGGCGGCUCGGGAAAACCACGGCCAUGCUCCUGGCCAUCACCUCCGUGUUCUCCGUCCUGUGGGCCCCCAGGACCGUGGUGGUCAUCUACCACCUGUACGUGUCCUCCGUCCACCGGGACUGGCGCGUCCACCUGGCCUACGACCUGUCCAACAUGCUGGCCAUGCUCAACACGGCCGUCAACUUCUUCCUCUACUGCUUCGUCAGCAAACCGUUCCGCGGCGCCGUGAGGGACGUGGUCCUGCUCAGGGGGGGGCCCCUGUACCCCCGCCGGGCCCUGCCCCAGCAGCUGGCCCCGGCCAACGCCUCCAUCUCCUCCCUGUACAGCGGGAACCACAAGCGCUCGCAGCGGGAGACCACGCCCCUGUCGCCGCGCCGGGCCCGAAAGCCCUCGUGACCCCUCCCCCCUCCCCGCCGCCGCCGCCGUCCCACGGUCCCGCCGCGGCGCCGACCCCAGAGACGUGCACUGUGUUCCAGCUACGAGCGUGGACACCAGCCAGUCGGCCCCGGAGCCGUCUCCAAGGGCCUGAAAUGAACUUCACUCACAAGAACUAUGUUUUUUUUUUGUUUUUUUUUUUGUCUCGUAUCAUGUGACCUGCUGUUGUUUGUCCGUGUAAAUCAGAUAAGACGGCGGCGUAUUUAUUUUCCGGAGAAGAAUGUGACAAAAUAAAAGAAGGUAUUUUACUCUUUUCCAUAAAUGGCAAAAAUGUGAAGGAAACAUUUUCUUUUGAGAGCUGACACAGUGUUUGUUUCGACACGUCCACGGUUUGUGCUCAGAUGGACCGGAGGAUCAGCUGCAUGCUACUACGAGUGAUUCAUUAGUCCAUGUUCUUUCUGUGAACUCCGGAGGAAGAAGACUCUGAAGUUGUAGUUUCUGCAUUUUCAGCCGUCGUGUAAAGACGCUGAAGUCCUCACCGCGCUGAGCGAAGCCAGCCGAGCAAAGAAAUCGUUUCUACGGCCGAAACCCUCAGCUGCUAAGGCCACUGUUUAUUUUUCACCAAGUGCAACUGGAUGGAGCCUUAAAUGAACGCGCGCUGUUUAAGCUGCGGGAGCGAAGACUCCGCUCUUCAAACACAACCCUCCGCUGUAUCGCCGACCAGCGUGGCCUCAGGUCUGGCUAAACAAACCCCCCAGAUUAAACCGGAUGGUCUGAACAAACACGCACUUAAACAGCGCACAACACAGGACUACACACUCUCACGCAUGCACGGACAUGAGCAUGAACGCAGCCGUCAGCUGGUACAUUUCCACUGAGGCCUGAACCGGUGAAAUUAAACUUUACUGCACCAGCUGCAGCCGCACUUAAACUCACUUGCUGCUAACGCACACACACGUGUGAUCUCAGAGUUUAGAGGUAAAUGCGCUGACUUCUGUUCCUCACUUUAAAUAAUCCUGAAGCCUCAUCUGAUGAAGUUCGGACACAGAACUGAGCCUUUCUAUCCAACCACUAAAUCUAAUUUCAUGUUCUGUGCCGCCAUCCACAAAAUAUGAACAGAUGAUAUAAAUUAUUCUUAUUUAUCGUCUUAACCUUUAAUUCGCUUUGAUGUUUCAAAACCGAGUGAGAUUUAUUUGAUUAUAUGAGUUUUAAAAGGUUGAAUGAAUUUAUAUGAAAGAAGUCAGAGAAAAGCCAGCGCCUGGUUUAACUUCACUUAAAACAGAGGAAGCAUCUCAGAACAGAUUCAACAACAAUAAUAAUGAUAAUUAUAAUUUAGUUUGAGUUCAGGAGGAGUUAUUUUACCUCUGAUCCAGAGAGACUCUAUUUUAGCUUCACUUGAACAAAUGAUUCUUCUGUGUUUAAGAUUAUUAGGAAAAAAGAAAAGAAAAGAAUGGAGACAACAGUGUUUUUAUUGUUUCUGUUCUUAAGUUAAACUGAAUCUAAUAAAGUGGUUUUGCCUUUAUGAUCUAAAAAAAAGGUGAAACGUCUUCAGUAAAAGUGAUGGAAGCUAUAGUAGGUGCUUAGUGCUUUGUUUGCCCUCCAUCAACCCCAACACCCUCCUGCCUACUUUAAUACGUUUAACAACACUUCAGUAUUUAACACUUCAAUUGAACUUAACUCAGACAAAUUGGUUUUCUGUACAUAAAUGUAACUAGUGUGAAGUCGCUUUAAAUAGAUCCAGAUCAUUUUUCUUGUCAACAGCAAAAAAAUGAAUAAAUAUGAGCAAACUCUUCCUUCUAACACGUCCUUUAGCUCGUUCCUUAAUAACAUCUUUAAUAUUUGAGACACAAAAACCUCAAACAUGAGUCUGAAUGAAUGGAGUGUUGUGCUUCGUGCUCUGUGCACCCUCCAUCCACCCCAACAUCCUCCAGCCCGCUGACUCCAACGUGUUUCACUAACGUGGAACUUCAUUAUUUUAAACUAUAUACGUUUCAUAAACACAUUUGCAGAGAAAAACAAAGAAAGUUUAAGUAACAUCUAAAUAAAUGGACAUAUUUCUGUAUUUUUUUAUAUUUGAAACACGUUUAACAAAAGUCAAUAACGUGUCAUGUCUGAUAUGUUGUUCCACAAACUGUACGUUAUAUAAAUAAUAUUAGUGCACAUUUACUCCCAUUCAGGUUUAAAGUGUCUCAUACAAGCCCCCUCCUCCGUCCUCCGUCCUCCGUCCCUCUCGUCCUGUUUAUAGUCACAGUUUGAGACGCCGGGUCAGGUCCUUCUCCGAGUCCCCGUGUCCGUCCGCUCAUGUCCUGAGGCCCUGAGCUAAGUUCUGAGAGCUCGUACCCAGACGUCUCUUUGAAGACGCCUCCUGCUGCCGGACAAAAACAGAGCGGGUUGAGGGAGCGUGGAGAGGUGGCGACUUUACUCCGGAGAGGACGGCGGGGGACGGGGGAGAUGAAUGAAAGCCGUGAUUUGACGCUGGGAUGUGUGGAGAGGACAUAAUCAGAUAAAACCACACGUCCUCUGUCCGCCUCCCACCUGUCCUUUGUCCCUGUUCAAACACCCCCACGACUCGACUCCACUCAGCGCUUCCUGUUGCUCAGCAGGUGUCACAGGGCAUCACAUGAAUGAGUCCUGUCAGAUGCACUCAGGCCACGUCCACACGGACCAGAACUACCUUUCUUUCUGUUUUUCCUUGGCGUCGUUUGGAGAAUUUCUACGUAAAGAUGGAUCCACUGCAGAACCAGAUCUAGCUGUAUAAAGGCUGUAGUACAUGUACCAGGCCUGUGUGUGGCGCUGUUUCUGCUACAGAACUCAGACGGAAGAAGAAGGAGAGACGGAGCAUGUGCAUCAACCCUGACUGUCAACAAGUGUAUGUUUAUGCUACGGACAAACCCAU